ACGCGAUUAUAACAGCAUCAAUCAACAACAACGAAAAACUGACCUCUCCGCUUUGAUUUGCUUUCUUCUUUGCUCUCGAUCUCUCCCUCUUCAUUGUUAAAGCGGGAGAGAUCCAAUUUCUCCUUCUUGUUCUUCGCUGCCUGUUCUUCUCCAUUUUGCCUCCAAUCGCCGACGUUCAUCGCCUCAACCAUGGGCUGCGGAGAGUCGAAACUUGCUGUGGCCACCGCCGAUGGUAGCCUCCCCCGCAAGAAAUCUAGUGCCAAACGAACCAAGAGCAGCCGCAAAGCCGUCGAUGGAUCGAAGAGUGGCGCUGAUUUACCUGUGGCUGAUUUGAAGACCGAUGAGGAGAAAAUCGACGGCGAUGUGAAGGUUAAAUUGGAUAACAAAAGGGAGCAGCGAGUAGAGGAGAAGAGCGAUGUGCAGAAAAUCGACGGCUCUGUGAAGAAUGAAACGAAGAACAAGACUGAGCAGCAAGAAGAGAAGAAGACCGAUGAGGAGAAAAUCAAUAGCGCUGUGAAGAUUGAAACGGAGAACAAGACUGAGCAGCAAGAAGCGAAGAAGAGCGUCGAGGAGAAAAUCAGUAGCGCUGUGAAGAUUGAACCGGAGAACAAGACUGAGCAGCAAAAAGAGAAGAAGAGCGAUGAGGAGAAAAUCAAUAGCGCUGUGAAGAUUGAACCGGAGAAAAAGACAGAGCAGCAAGAAGAGAAGAAGAGCGAUGAGGAGAAAAUCAAUAGCGCUGUGAGGAUUGAACCGGAGAACAAGACAGAGCAGCAAGAAGAGAAGAAGAGCGAUCAGGAGAAAAUCAAUAGCGCUGCGAAGAUUGAACCGGAGAACAAGACAGAGCAGCAAGAAGAGAAGAAGAGCGAUGAGGAGAAAAUCAAUAGCGCUGUGAAGAUUGAACCGGAGAACAAGACAGAGCAGCAAGAAGAGAAGAAGAGCGAUGAGGAGAAAAUCAAUAGCGCUGUGAAGAUUGAACCGGAGAACAAGACAGAGCAGCAAGAAGAGAAGAAGAGCGAUGAGGAGAAAAUCAAUAGCGCUGUGAGGAUUGAACCGGAGAACAAGCCAGAGCAGCAAGAAGAGAAGAAGAGCGAUGAGGAGAAAAUCAAUAGCGCUGUGAAGAUUGAACCGGAGAACAAGACAGAGCAGCAAGAAGAGAAGAAGAGCGAUGAGGAGAAAAUCAAUAGCGCUGUGAAGAUUGAACCGGAGAACAAGACAGAGCAGCAAGAAGAGAAGAAAAGCGAUGAGGAGAAAAUCAAUAGCGCUGUGAAGAUUGAACCGGAGAACAAGACAGAGCAGCAAGAAGAGAAGAAGAGCGAUGAGGAGAAAAUCAAUAGCGCUGUGAAGAUUGAACCGGAGAACAAGACAGAGCAGCAAGAAGAGAAGAAGAGCGAUGAGGAGAAAAUUAAUAGCGCUGUGAAGAUUGAACCGGAGAACAAGACAGAGCAGCAAGAAGAGAAGAAAAGCGAUGAGGAAUAGCGCUGUGAAGAUUGAACCGGAGAACAAGACAGAGCAGCAAGAAGAGAAGAAAAGCGAUGAGGAGAAAAUCAAUAGCGCUGUGAAGAUUGAAUCGGAGAACAAAACAGAGCAGCGCGAGGAAAAGAAGAGCAAUGGCGAUGCGGCGGAGGUCCAGCAAGUGGAGAAGGAGGUAGCGAAAACAGAGAAGAAAAUAACCGGCGACGGCGAGAAGAAGGAGAAGGACGUCGUUAAUGGCGGUGCUGUUGAAAAACAGGUGGCCGGCGAGACGAAAACAGAGAAGGACGCUGUUGUUAAUGGCGGUGGAAGUGAAGAAGAGCAGGGAGUUAAACCUGCCAAAGAGAAGCAAUUGGCCGGAGAAACGAAGGCAGAGAAGAAGGAAGGCAGCAACAAUGGCGUCGUCGUCGUCGAACAAGUAAUCAAACCUGUUGAAGAAAAGAAAUUAGCCGAAGAACCGAAAAAUGGAGAAGGAGAAGGAGAAGGAGAGGCAGUGAAAGUGAAAGAAGCAGCAGAAGCUCAAAGCUCAGGCACUCCCCUUCUUCCCACGCAGGAGAAGACUGUGAAAGAUGCCAAUGUUUCUUCUUAUGCAGGGAAAUGCAGCAGCUGAUUCGGCAGUGAAGGAAAAGAAAUAGAUGACAAAAAGUGGAAAAGAAACCGAUUGUUGAUGAUGUUGUAAAGAUCAUAAAAUGUUCAUCAUUUUUUAUUAUGUUAAUAACAACUCCUCUGCCUCCAAAUAUUCACCAUUUUUAUUUAACCAUAAUAUCUACGCUUU